UUUAUUUUGCUUUUUAACAAACUAGGAAAGCAAUUUUAAAGAAUGGCUCAAGCUAUGGCUUCAAUGGCUGGCUUACGCGGCUCUUCCCAGGCGGUCCUCGACGGCAGCCUUCAAUCCAACCGCAUGAACAGCAGCGGCGACGCCACCCGGACCGCCGCCACGAGAACCGGAUUCAGCAUCCGCGCGCAGCAAGGCGAGACCGAGACCAGCCGCCGCGCCAUGCUGGGGCUUGUCGCUGCUGGGAUAGUCUCCGGCUCCUUCGUUCAAGCCGUGCUCGCUGAAGCCAAGCCCAUCAAGAUCGGAGGCCCACCACCUCCCUCCGGUGGCCUACCUGGAACUUUGAACUCGGACCAAGCAAGAGACUUUGACUUGCCAUUGAAGAACAGGUUUUUCAUUCAGCCACUGGCACCGGCGGAGGCAGCAGCGAGAGCUAAGGAAUCCGCGAAGGAAAUCGUCGGUGUGAAGUCGUUGAUCGAGAAGAAGGCGUGGCCGUACGUGCAGAACGACCUUCGUUCGAAGGCAGAGUACCUUCGCUAUGACCUCAACACCAUCAUCUCUGCCAAGUCCAAGGAAGAGAAGCAAUCUCUCAAGGAGCUCACGGGGAAGCUCUUCGCAGAUAUCAGCAACCUGGAUUAUGCUGCCAAGAUCAAGAGCCCUUCUGAUGCAGAGAAGUAUUAUGCCAUAGCUGUAUCUACGCUUAAUGACGUUCUUGCUAAGCUUGCUUAGAUGCUACUAAUGUUGUAAGAAUAUGUUUUUAGUUAAUGGGAUGUAUCUACAUGAAUCUUAAAUAAUUUUGUUUCUAUUUUUAUCAA